AGAGAUAAGAGAAAAGAGAAAGCUCUAGCUAUAUUUGUGUCCAUGAUGGCAAAAAUUCUCAAACUAAAUUAAAGGGUUUAAUUUUGAAAUUCAUCUAUCAAUGGCAAAUUCUUCUUCUUCAUCAUCAUCAACAUCCAUGAAGUUAUUGUUGUUCAUGGUUCCUCUUGUAAUUGUUAUGGUUCUUGCUUUAUUUUUCCAUGGUCCAAGUGUUUCCACCACCUUGGUCUUAAAUGGAAAACACAAAUUUUCUUCCUCUUCUAAUAAUAAUAAUAAUUCAUCUUCUUCAUUAUUUUCAAACAAUAAUGGUGGAAGUGAUGAUGUCAUGCUUACUAAGGAGGAGAAGAACAAAACUAUGGCUAUCUCUGAUGAAUAUUCUCCCCCAACACUUCAUGAAUCUUUAAACAAAAAUGAAGUUGAUCUCAACAUGUCAUCAAAACCUUGGCAAGUGAAUGAAUCUUAUUAUGUUCCUCUUCCUCCUUUGAAUGAAUCACAUGUUGUUCCUCCCAAAAAAGAGUUUAGCAUGUUAGAUAGAAUAGAAGCUGGUCUGAUUCAAGCCAGAGCUGCCAUUAAAGAAGCUAGAAAUUGGAAUCAAACUCAAGAUCCAGAUUAUGUUCCAUUAGGUCCAAUGUAUUGGAAUGCUAAGGCAUUUCACAGGAGCUACUUAGAAAUGGAGAAACAAUUCAAAGUGUUCAUCUAUGAAGAAGGGGAACCACCUGUUUUUCAUAAUGGACCAUGCCUAAGCAUAUAUUCAUCAGAAGGGCAUUUCAUCAAUGCAAUGGAGAUUAAUGACCAAUUUAGAACAAGGGAUCCUCAAAAAGCACAUGUUUUUUUCCUUCCUUUCAGUAUAACAAUGAUGGUCAAAUUUGUGUAUAAAUCUGACUUUGACUUUGGUCCCAUAAAGAGAACAACCAUUGAUUAUAUCAAUCUCAUUGCUUCAAGAUAUCCCUUUUGGAACAGAAGCCUUGGUGCUGAUCACUUCAUGCUUUCUUGCCAUGAUUGGGGUCCUGUGAUAUCAUUUGCCAUUCCAAACCUACACAAGAAUUCCAUCCGUGUGCUAUGCAAUGCCAACACCUCAGAGAGAUUCAAUCCCACAAAGGAUGUUUCUUUUCCAGAAAUCAAUCUCCUAAAAGGCUCAAUAGAUGCUUUUAUUGGUGGGCCAUCACCAUCACAAAGGCCCAUUUUGGCCUUCUAUGCAGGCAGGAAUCAUGGGCCCGUUAGGCCCAUUCUCCUUGAUCAUUGGUUCAACAAGGAUAAAGAUAUUAAACUCUACAAGACCCUUCCAAAGGGUGUUUCAUAUUAUAGUAUGCUUAGAAAAAGUAAGUUUUGUCUUUGCCCUAGUGGGUAUGAGGUUGCAAGCCCAAGGGUAGUUGAGGCAAUUUACACCGGUUGUGUUCCUGUGUUAAUUUCUGACCAUUAUGUCCCUCCAUUUAGUGAAGUAUUGAAUUGGAAGAGUUUCUCAAUUGAGGUUUCUUUGAAGGAUAUUCCAAAUUUGAAGGAAAUUCUUUUGAGUGUUUCUCCAAGGAAGUAUAUAAAGAUGCAAAGAAGAGUGGGACAAAUUAGGAGACAUUUUGAGGUACAUUAUCCACCUAGGAGAUAUGAUGUCUUUCAUAUGAUUCUUCAUUCUGUUUGGCUUAGAAGAUUGAACAUUAAAAUUCAUGAUCAUUAAUUAGAUAGAUAGCCAAGAAGUUUAUAUAAUUUGAGUAUGUUGAAUCUUUCUCACCCUAAUAAAUAAGAGUUUGUUGUCAUUAUUGUAUAAAUAUCUUAUAUUCUA